GGCGGUGGCACCCGAGGGCCCCGAGCGGCGGGCUUCCUGCAGGCGCCAUGAGCUGCAUCAACCUGCCCACCGUGCUGCCCGGCUCCCCCAGCAAGAUCCGGGGGCAGAUCCAGGUGAUUCUAGGACCCAUGUUCUCAGGAAAAAGUACCGAGCUGAUGAGAAGGGUCCGUCGCUUCCAGAUUGCCCAGUACAAGUGCUUGGUGAUCAAGUAUGCCAAAGACACGCGGUACAGCAACAGCUUCUCCACGCAUGACCGGAACACCAUGGAGGCACUGCCAGCCUGCCUGCUCCGGGACGUGGCCCAGGAGGCCCUGGGCGUGGCUGUCAUAGGCAUCGACGAAGGGCAGUUCUUCCCAGACAUCGUGGAGUUCAGUGAGACUAUGGCCAACGCCGGGAAGACCGUGAUCGUGGCCGCAUUGGAUGGGACCUUCCAGAGGAAGGCAUUCGGGACCAUCCUGAACCUGGUGCCGCUGGCCGAGAGCGUCGUGAAGCUGACAGCCGUGUGCAUGGAGUGUUUCCGCGAGGCGGCCUACACCAAGCGACUCGGCUCGGAGAAGGAGGUCGAGGUGAUCGGAGGAGCAGACAAAUACCACUCCGUGUGCCGCCUCUGCUACUUCAAGAAGGCGUCGGGCCCGCCCGCGGGGCUGGACAGCAGGGAGAACAAGGAGAACGUGCCAGUGCUGGUGCCCAGAAAGCCCGGGGAGGGCAAGGAGGCCGGAGUCCGCAAGCUAUUUGCUCCCCAGCACGUCCUGCAGUGCAGCCCCGCCAACUGAGGCGGCCCCUGCUGGAUUCCGGUGCCCCUGCCCCUGCCCCCUGCCGCCGGUGCAGCCCUCCCAGAGGCACAGGGGGAGGAGCGGGGAUGGAGAGGAAGGGGGGGGACUUUGUGCCUCCAGCCGCGCAAGUCCCGGUGGCGGUGGCCCCGGUUCCCCUUCUCUGUUCCUUUCCCGGCUGCCGGUCGCUCUCUAGCUCAGUGUCUGGCCGAGCUCAGGGUCUGGCCGCAGACGGGGCCCCCCGCCCUCCUGGGGGGUGCGGGGCACAACCACACACUGACGACGUGGCGGGGCUUCCGUGGCUUCUUCCCCUUUGUGGCCUUGGCUGUUGAGUUUCUGUUCCCACUGGGAAGUCCGGGCGCCUGCACUUCCAGCUCCACACCAGGCUCGUCCCACGCCAAGGCUUCUGUCCCCGCCGGCGGGGACCACUUCUGGCCCCCAGGGUGGCCCGACUUGUGCCCUCCGGCUGCCCCCAGGGCCCUGCCUACACUCUGAUCACCUCCAGGGUUACAGCUUCUCUCUCACCUGGGAGACACCCUGCUGGGGCUCAGGUCCCCCGGGGUUACCUUUAAAACGGGGGAGGGGGUUAGGGGCAGAGGUGGCUUGCCCCGGGGUCUGUGAUCCUGUUGUAGUUUGUGAAUUAAUAACUAAUAUUAAAACUUA